AUGUCAAAAAAAGAACAAAAAGAAAUUGAUGAAACGACGCGAAGAAAAAAUAUAGAAAUUCAUUUAAAUGAGUUAGAAAGAGAUAAUUAUCAAGAAAUACCCGAACUUGAAAUUGUAACAGGAACCAUUUCAAAACCUCGUCGGUUUUCUGAUUUGGCUGAUACGAGUCAACAUAGGAAAUCCAAACGAACCAAAAAUCAACAUAUAAAAUCAAUAUCCAAAAGAAGUUUUAAAGCCUUAUUAGAUGAAUCGAAAAUAGCGGAAAAACCACCAGACAUUCCAACAUAUUUAACAGCUGGGGCUAAACCAUCCAGAUUUCCUCCAAGAAAAUUCUGUUCGGUUUGUGGAUUUAUUUCAGCUUAUGCUUGUAAAAAAUGUGGGAUGAAAUAUUGUAGUUUAAGAUGCAAGGAAACCCAUGAAGAAACGAGAUGUAUGAAAUAUACCGUCUAA